GAAAAGCAGCAUAAUGGCUAAUGUUUCAUUCUGUCUAACAACUUUCACCAGCAAUCUGUACUACUGCCCAUUCCAAAUUCCCAAUCCACAGGUUCGGCAGCCGUAACGUAACCCUAACCCUAGAUGCUCUCCGACCAACCUCGACGAUCAGUUCAACCAUGGCGGGGAUGCCGCUGGAUGUACUCACUGACAUACUCUGCCGACUACCUGUUAAGCCACUCCUUCAGUUCCGGUCCAUCUGCAAGUCAUGGCGGUGCCUGAUUGAUAGUCCGGACUUCAUCUACCUUCACCACAAGAACUCCACCGAAACUGGCUCCAACCUCACCCUUAUACUCCGAAAGGACUCCGAUCUAUACUCAGUGGACCUCCACGUCAUGCACAACGCCGUCGAUCUCGCUCACCCUUUGAUGUGCUACAGCAAUCGGAUUCAAGUACUGGGCUCCUGCAACGGAUUGCUCUGUAUUGCUAACGUGGCGGAAGAUAUCGCUCUGUGGAACCCUUUCCUCCGAAAGCACAAAGUCUUGCCCUUUUUGCCUGUCGAUAGAAACAAGAAGUACGGGUCGGGCUUACCGGGCGCGUGGGUUUACGGAUUCGGGUACGACUCGGUUCACGAGGAUCACAAGCUAGUGAGGAUUUCGCAGUUUAUUGAUUUGGACAACGAAGUGGUUGUCUCAAAGGUUAAGGUUUAUAGUCUGAGAGAGAACGAAUUGAGAGACUCCGAAGACAUGCCUUAUGUUUUGUGUUAUACGAGGAAAAAUGGGACACUCGCAAGUGGUUGUUUGCAUUGGGUGGCGAACCGGAAGUUCAAAUUCGACGAGGCUGGUAUGAUUGUGGCGUUUGAUCUGACGGUUGAGAGUUUUCGGGAGGUGCCGAUGCCUGAAUGUACAAAGGAAAAUAUUCAAAUAGACGUGGGAGUAUUGGGUGGGUGCGUUUGUAUGGUGGCGAAUUACAAUUAUCUUCACGUUGAUGUUUGGGUGAUGAAGGAGUAUGGCGUUAAGGAGUCUUGGGCCAAGCUUUUUACGGUCGCAAAAAAUGAGGUUUUGGGUGGGGCUUUGAGGUAUUUGAAGCCAUUGGCUUAUUCAAAGAGCGGUGAGGAGGUUCUGUUCCAACAGAACCAUGAGAGGCUUGUGUGGUACGAUUUGAGAGGAAAAAGUGUCAGGAAUGUGAAUCUUCGUGGCCUGCCAGCUUCGUUUGAGGCUGAGAUAUGCGUCCAAAGUCUUUUUCCGGUUGAGGUGCAUAGAAAAGAUAAUGACCAGCGACAGAAUCUUGGAGAGAAGGAUAAUAACAAGAAAAUGGACGAUUUCCUGUCAGAAGGCUUCAAGCUGGUGUUAUAAGCAAACAGAAGGAUGAAGGGAAGCGUGUAAGACCGGCGAUUCAUCGAAAUUUACUUGUCAUUUAGUGUUAAAGCUUACUCGAGGCAUGAUUUUGUGUGUGAAAUUAUUAUCUUCAGCCCGCAAAGAGAGUGCCAACUCGAAUCAAGGACACCGCUUUCUUCUUUACACAUAUUUCAGAAUGAGGUUCAGAGGGCAUUUGGUUCCUUGGGAAGGUUGCCCAUCUCCGGAGCCAAUGAUUUUGUUGACCAGAGCCUUCCUUUCCAUCCGUUAGAGAGAGAGAGAGAGAGAGAGAGAGAUAGCUGUAUGCUUCUUUCGACUUUACUGUCAUAUAAACCACUUAUCUUUGCACCUUUCGUUUUGCAGGGAGGAAAGUGAAGGGAGAGAGCUAUACUUUGGCAUCUGAGAAUGCUUGAAGAUGAGGGAACCUGACUACCGGGAUAUGGUAUUACACUCCUAUAGUAGAAUGAGUAUACUUGUUAGGUUUUUAUUGUAUUUUACCGAUGAGUGCCAUGUCCACACUCAUCUUCCUCACUUUGGCUAUAAAAUGUCGUGAGCCUUGUAGUUACUGUGUUUUUCAAGCGUAUGCACGCUUUUGAGUGACUUCAUACACGGUUAUGCGAGGGAAUGCUUUGUAUGCCCUUAAGAUGUACUUUUUCGGCGCCUGAAAUUUGAUGAUAGAAGUGACUUUGUAAUAUAUGCUGGGAAAAUACUUUAGAAAGUAAUUUAACCCUGAAAAAAAGGUACUUUAGAAAGUUACUCUGAAUUAUUUUUUCUCCAUAAUAAUGAAUGGCCAUUUUCAAUA